CAAGAUAGACUGUGAAGGAACAUGGCGGCCCAGACGUUGACUGGGAAAGUCUACUCCCUGCUGUUCCGCAGGACUUCCACCUUUGCCCUCACCAUCGUUGUGGGCGUCCUGUUCUUCGAGCGCGCCUUCGAUCAAGGCGCAGACGCCAUCUACGACCACAUCAACGAGGGGAAGCUGUGGAAACACAUCAAGCACAAGUAUGAGGACAAGUAGUUCCUUGGAGGCCCCAUCCAGGCCAGAAGGACCAGGUCCACCCAGCAGCUGUUUGCCCAGAGCUGAAGCCUCAGCUUGAAGAUGAUACUUAAGUUACUCUUCGUGGACCACUGUUCACUGUUGGCAAGAAACGGCUUUACCUUCAAAACAGACUCUUGACCUUCUGCUAUGUUUGAAGUAUGUUUAGUCAGCAUGAUCAGGAAAUAAAUGUGAAUUGCCCUUGGGAAAAAAAAAAAA